UUUAUGAAAUAUUAACAACAUAAAAAUGAAAUAAACAUUUAAAAGUUAAAAUUAUGAAAUGCUAUGUAUUUCGGAUGUUCUGUCGAGAAUGCAAUAUUAUUUUAUCGGAUUAUCAUAUGAUUUUUCCUUUAAUCUUUUGGUUUCCUACCAUAAACAACAAUCAAAUCGCAAUUAAUGUUUUUCGUUGCUUUAACAGAUGAAAAAGUGUGAAGACUGUGGUUUUGUUUAAUUUGACAUUUAGCAAAUAAUAACGAGGGUAGUCGCAAAUUCAGGUACCCGGUAUGGCGUUUUUUGACCAUUUAAAACAAUUAAGAUCACCAAAGGAAAGGUUACGUGAUUCAGUGACAAAAAAUGAUGUUCAAGAACUUCUGACACUCCUCGCUGAAGGUAUAGACCCAAACAUGCCCCUGAAUAAAUAUGGUGACAACACAGCUAUACAUCUGGCUGCAGUACUUGGACAUUUUCUCUGCAUCAAAGAACUUAUAAAUGCAGGUGUUGAUUGUGAUCUUCCUAAUGGUAACGAUAUAACACCUUUGUUCAAUGCUGCGCGUAGGGAACAUGUUCUGGCAAUGAAAAUGCUUCUAAGACACAGUCACUCUUGCCAUGGCUUGUCAACAUUAUGGUAUGAUGGACGCUGGACAGAGUUCCUGCAUUCGUCAGCCAGUGAUUCCGUAUUAACAGCAUUAUUAAUAUCAUCCCCAGAUAUCAACCGCAUGAGAAAAAAUUUGACAAGCAAUAUACUUGCUAGCUCUUUUCAUCGGAAGUUUUACCAAUCUGUAUAUGCAUUUUUUCUUACUGGGUACCAUUGUGAUGAUACUUCAAACUUCAUAGACAAAGUCAAAAAGGCUAUCAAUGACCAAAGUAACUCAGAAGACGCAUCAAAUGGUGAUACCCCUGCUGAUAAAUUUCUGCUUCAAACAGAUUCGUUGCUUAAUAUGAAAUGUACACACAGGCUUCAACAUUUGUGUCGAUUGAAAGUGAGAAACUCCUUUCAUAACUGCAAUGUGUUCUAUGGUUCAGAACAACUUCAUUUACCAACAUCAUUAAAGAAGUAUUUAUUAUAUGAAGGAGAGUUGUAGACAUGUUAUAAUUUUCAUUCUUUGUAUCAUGUUAGACCGAUUGUUAAAAACUUUUCAUUCCUUGUAUUAUAUUUGACAUGUAAUUUAAAACUUUUAAUUUUUUGUUUUAUGUUAGAAACAUAAUUAAAAACUUCAUUUGAUGUAUGAUGGACACAUCAUAAUUUUUUUCAUUCGUUAUAUUUAUGUUAGACAAAUAAUUUAAAAAAAUAUUAUGUUAUUUAUACUUUUUUUAUCUCAUUGUUUUCCUUUAAAUUAUUUGCUUUUUAAUUUUGAACAAGUAGAUUUACAUGAUUUUGAUGUAACUUGUCCUCUACCAAAAGUGUCUGUUACUGAGCGGCUAUAACCUCUGCAUACCUGUGAACUGUGAUGGUAACGAGGUGUGUGUCUUGAACUUGGGGAGUCUGCUCAGGAUUUGGGGCGGACAGUUGGGCAAAAGAACAAAAAUAGUGACACUUUAUAACGUCCUUAAUUAACCUGAACUCAUCUUGAUUUGUUUUACCGUAAUAACCAGGUGAAAGUGUUAUCAUAUGAAAAACAAUUUAUCACUUGCUAUAAAUAUGUUGUGUGAUGCAAUCCUGUCAGCAACAUUUUUCGCUGAUUUUAACGAACCACAUACAGAUUGUUAUUCUUGAAUAAGAACAAUCUGUCUAUAGGAGUAGAACACAGAUGCAAGGUUUAAUGCAGCUGGGCACAUACAUGAAUUUAAUGUGGAAAAUAAGAACAAAACUGUAUUUUUUUUGGAAUUUCUCAUCUGUCUAUAUAAAAGCACAUAAACCCUCAAAAUCAACAAACAUUUUGUACAAUAUUUCGAAAAAUAAAGUUAACACAUAAAAAAUCAAUGUUCCUUAUAGCAAUAGCCAAAUUUUCAAUGCUAGAAGUGGUCUGGUAACAUAGAUUUAACAAGAUACAAAAUGCUCUCUUUUUUGCGGGACAAUAUAGAUAUAGUCAUAUAGAUGAAUAGAUAUUGUUGCAGGGAAUAAAAUGGAAUAUAUUGUGGCACACAAAAAUAAAAACAAGCAUUGUGUAUCUCUGUAAAUCUAUGUUACCAUACCAUAUAUAGCGUUGUAAUUUUGGCUAUUGCUAUAAGGAACAUUAAAAACAAAAUGUUCAUUGAUUUUAAGUAUUUAUGUUACUUAAAUCCAUAUCCAGUACAAAAACUAACGUAUUCAUCAUUAAGGCAGUAAAUAUAUGUAUCAUGAAACACUUAAAUACAUGUAUCAGGAUAUGUUUCCAGCUGGAUGAUCAUGUACCUUUUUACUAGUAACUGUUUUAUAUAUCACGCGUUUUAUCUGUAAACUUUACCUUUAAGAAAGCAACAUGUUUGAUGCAUGCAAAAAAAAUUAUUGAGAUUAUGUUCAAUUAAUAUGUCAAUUAAUACUCAGAAUACCAUUGUUAAGGAUAAAUGGACCGUAACGUUUACAAAUUUGAAUUGUCACCGAAGUGAUGAUUAUUGGUAAAAUUAUUGUCUAUAUUUAUGAAGCUUGAUUUCUGUUUUGAUGUACAAAGAAGCAGUUUUACAUUAUAGUAAUAUAUUUUGUCAUUACCAUUUUGUACCAAAUCAUUAACAUUCUAUAAUGUUAUGUAUCAUGAUAUUGUUAUUUAAUAAUUAAAUAAAGCAACUUUUUGAGA